AUGUCGCUCUCCAAGGAUACUCGGGCAAACGCCACGGUCGCCCUCGGGCCUUGCGACGACAAAUCUUCUAACAUGGACGGUAUCUCUUGUUUUAGGUCAGCAGACGGGAGUGGCAAUGAAGCUCCGAUGCCGCCUCACAACGUCGCGGCCGAUGCUGUUGAGAAAGCAAAGGUGUUGCCCCAAACCGCGAACGAGCACCAACCCAAGACCAUCUCAGAGCAUGCCACAGAGACAGCAUCAUUAGCCGAACAUCUCACGCAACACGAAGUAGAGGACAAUGAUAGCGGCCGGGGCGGCCUCGGCCUCGGUACCCAGAGUGCUACCGUCACCAAGAAGCCCGAAUGCGAGGAAGUCGAUAUGCUACCAAACCCAGGUGUCAUCAGCGAGGCGGGGGGGCGAACCAGCUUGGAAAGUCUCGAGACGGAGAUCGAACUUCCCGGUGACUCAUCAAGUCCCCAGCAGUUGCUGCCCCUCGCAGCAACUCAGGUUGCGCUGCUUGAGAUAUUGUCAAAGACGGACUUCGAAGCCAUCGAGGCCAGCAGUUGCGCCGAUGAGCAAGAACUCAUGGAGCCCUCGGCGGAAAUCGUGCCCACCAGCAGCAGAACAGGAACCCCGCCGGCGGAUGUAGGUCCCGAGCAACAGGAAGAGCAGCCAGAGGGGUACAUCGCCAUGCCGCCCUCGCCUGCGGGCAACGUCGGGAAUGUCGCGGCUGGCGUCGAGGAUUUCUUCAAGGUCCAACGAUCGGACCUCGGCGGGCUGGGAGCUUUCGCGGCCCGAGAGCUCUUGAGGGGCGAUACUAUCCUGGUGGAGCGCCCGCUGUUGCGUACGACCCAUUUCCGACUGCUGCCGGAUUACCACAAGCUUUCGGAUGCGGCGAAGAAGGCGUAUCUGAGCCUCCACAGCGGCGAGGAUGGGGAUCCAUUCGGCAGAAUCGAGCAGAUCAAGGUGCUGAAUUCAUUCUUCGUCCCAGGCGGCAUCGCCAUAUUUGAGGUUGCAUCUCGCUUCAACCAUGCUUGCCCGUCAGCUCGGAACGUAAAGUAUGUAUUUGACGAUGAGAGCGGGGUUCUCACACUCACCAUUUGUCAAGACGUGGUCCCAGCGGGAGCUGAGCUGUUUAUCAGCUACGGGGGGUCACCGGUUGAGCUGUACUCGACCUACGGCUUCCGGUGUGCCUGCGGGGGCUGCAAGCCGCUGACCGACGAGGACAUCAAGAGGUUGAAGAACCGCGCGUUCGGCACUUGGGAUUGCGAUGACGACUAUGACACCUCGGGUUGGUAG